AUGUACAUCACUUGUCUCAUGCACUGAGCAUCCAGGCCCACACGAAUAUCUCACUCUCAAUAUCACUAUUGCUCACGUUGGGCAUGACAUCGCCGGAAUGCCAGCGACAUUAGAGAAGCCUUUCCAAGCUUCUCGACCGCCAUGCGCUUUUCGUUCCCAUCCAGACGAUUUCCCGUCCACAUAUGAGCAACAAGUCAAUGAGAACCUACGCCACUUCGCCAAAGCCGCUGAAUCUCGCCAGGAGUUUUACCCUCUGGAGAAUGGCAUGCCUCGCAGGAAAACGUUCAACCGACGUCGCUGCCAGAUCAUCAUCUGCGUCGUUCUAGUCUUGGUUGCUCUCGCUACAAUUCUCGCUGCGAUCGGCACUUCAACCGGGUUUCUGUCUGGUACAGGAGCAAGCCAAUCACCGUCACCGCUAGCUGCAGAGAAUGAUUGGGAUGCGGCAACCGCCAACUCCGCGCCUGACUCUGUCGUCCCACACAAUACUGACACAACACCAUAUCAACCCGUUCUGUCAAUUCCAACUCCGCUUUCACUUCUGACUUCGCAAUCUGUGAUGACUAUGAUUACGAUGCAGGAUGCCCAGUCGUCCCAGACUGCGUCUUCAUUGACAAAUCAGGGCUCUUCGUCCAUUUCGUCCACAACGAUGUCGUCCGCAACUGGGCUAACAUCCCUUCCAUCGCAUCACGAAACUUCACAGUCUGCCGAAACUACAGUGGUCAACAAAUCAGCUCGCAUCGGCCUCUGCGGUCUUCCAGGUAUGGGAUGCGGAUGGUGAACAGAACAUAGCUCCACGAGGCUCAACUGUAUAUACCGCUAUACUGGAUUUGAGUUCUACUCAUCACGUAUGGCGUUGGAGCACAAAUAAACACCCCGAAAAAAAAAUGUCCUUGCUUGAAUCACUCUGCGGCCGACAUGUCAUGGAAAUAAUUUCAGUAUCGCAAAUUAAUGCUUCUUUCGAUCGAAAUCUUUUAGCUAGAGCCUAAUGCAAGUGGUUUGAACCAAAAUGAACAUCCUGUCGGACUGGAAAGGAGCGUGUGAAGAAAGUAAGGGAU